AUGCAGGUUCUCGGUUGGACCAUAGUUCUCCUGUGCCAGUGGAUCCUACGGAAGGUCCAAGGGUUGGAGAAGCAAGUGGACUUCUCAGACCUGGGCCCAGUGGGGUCAGUGAUGAAGACUCUUCCAUAUGGCAUGGGUGGAGGUACAGUUGGAGGAAUUACAGGAGGAGUGGUUAAGCCUCCAUCCCAAACCCGUAUCUUCUCCACUUCAAUCGACCAGAUACCCAUGAAAUCCAAGCCACCCACUUACGGUUUCUAUAACCCGCAUGACUCAUCCCGGAACCAGUCCCUGCUCCUGGACCAAACAGGUUACCGUUCUAAGCGCAAGCCCUCACUAAAGACAGCCAUGAAGACAAAGAAAAUCUUCGGCUGGGGUGACUUCUACUUCAACGUCAAGACCAUGAAGUUCAGCUUGUUGGUGACAGGGAAGAUCGUGGACCACAUCAAUGGGACGUUCACCGUUUACUUCCGCCACAACUCAUCCAGCCUGGGAAACGUUUCAGUCAGUAUCGUGCCACCAACCAAAGUGGUGGAGUUUGAAGUCCUCCAGCAGCAGCAGCUGCACCCCCACACCCAGCAAGAUGUCCAGAUCCAGGAGACCCAGCAGUCCACCAUCGACCCCAAAGAGGCAAAGACCUUUAACUGUCGGGUGGAGUAUGAGAAAACCAACAAAUCCAAGAAGCCCAAACCCUGUCUGUAUGAUCCAUCUCAGACGUGCUACACGGAGCACACCCAGUCCCACGCUGCCUGGCUCUGUGCCAAACCCUUCAAGGUGAUCUGUAUUUUCAUCUCUUUCCUUAGCAUUGAUUACAAGCUGGUUCAAAAAGUGUGUCCGGACUACAACUUCCAAAGUGAGCACCCUUACUUUGGAUAA